CACCCAGAACCAAUAGCAUAAAUUGCCCGACACACGCGAAACGUGCACACUGCUUUGUUGUUGCCCAAGGAGGAAAGUCGCGCAGUGAAUUUUUUUCUGUACCAACAACAACAACAACUCUAUCAACUCUUCAACUACUACAACAACUACAACAGCGCGCCUACAAGAACAGCAAAAAUAAGCACACACUAAGAGAAAAAACCCAUAGGACUUAAGAGAGGAAAGCAGAGUGUGCGUGCACACAUGUAAAAAGAACACAAAAGAGCAACAGCAAUAUUAGUACAACACAAGAAAGUUGAACAGAGGCAGAAGAGAAGCAGCAGGAAAACAACAACAACGACAGCAGCAGGCCAGCUGAGAGCGCUGAGCGCCAAAACAAUUGAAAGUCGAGGAAGAGAUCGAUCGAAUCGAUCAUCGUUCUUAGCCUCAACUCAACUAAACUCCAACUCACCUCAUCAUCCUUUUCCCUUAAAACCAAAACUCACCUUCGAUCGAGGGUGUAACUUUUGUUGAUUCGAAAAACACACUCGCAACUCUCAGGAUAUGUACGGCAACAAUAAUCCGGGUAGUAACAAUAAUAACGGUGGUUAUCCCCCAUAUGGCUACAACAACAAGUCGAGCGGUGGGCGUGGAUUUGGCAUGUCCCAUUCUCUGCCAUCCGGAAUGGAUACAGAAUUUUCAUUUCCAAGUUCCUCGUCGCGUCGCGGUUACAAUGAUUUCCCCGGCUGCGGCGGCAGCGGCGGAAAUGGUGGGAGUGCCAAUAAUCUUGGGGGCGGCAACAUGUGCCACCUGCCGCCGAUGGCCAGCAACAAUUCGCUGAAUAACCUCUGCGGACUGUCGCUGGGCAGCGGCGGUAGCGAUGAUCUCAUGAACGAUCCCCGGGCAAGCAACACCAACCUGAUUGUCAACUACUUGCCCCAGGACAUGACCGAUCGCGAGCUGUACGCCCUUUUUAGAGCCAUUGGACCCAUCAACACGUGCAGAAUCAUGCGAGACUAUAAGACUGGCUACAGUUUUGGUUAUGCUUUCGUGGAUUUCACAUCGGAAAUGGACUCGCAGCGUGCCAUUAAAGUACUGAAUGGCAUCACAGUACGCAACAAGCGGCUCAAGGUUUCCUACGCUCGUCCCGGAGGAGAAUCGAUCAAGGACACCAAUCUGUAUGUGACCAAUCUGCCGCGUACCAUAACCGACGAUCAGCUGGACACGAUCUUCGGCAAGUACGGUUCCAUUGUGCAGAAGAACAUCUUGCGUGACAAGCUCACAGGUCGUCCUCGUGGUGUGGCCUUUGUUCGGUACAACAAGCGUGAGGAGGCCCAGGAGGCCAUAUCGGCACUGAACAACGUAAUACCCGAGGGCGGAUCGCAGCCGCUGUCCGUCCGGUUGGCCGAGGAGCACGGCAAGGCGAAGGCGGCCCACUUUAUGUCGCAGAUGGGCGUGGCUGCGCCGAAUGUCCCACCGCCGCCACCACCACCGCCACCACAUAUGGCCGCCGGAUUCAACAAUAUGGUGCACAGAGACGGAGCUAUGGAAAAAUUACGCUCAUUAUUCGAUGCUAUAUGCGAUGCUAUCUUUGGUCUCGAUAGCGAUAACUUUGCCGAUUUGCUUGACGGAUUGUACCGCAGGAAGUACCAUUAUCCUUACUUAUAAUUGACACCGCAACAGCAGCAGCAACUACUACAACAUCAGCAGCAGGCGUUGGGCUUCAACAGUAGCUCCAAUAAUAGUAUUGGCAAUGGUAAUGGCAACGAGAGCAACAUGCUACUUUACCACCAGCAAUACCAUCAACAACAACCACAACAACAGCGCCUGGGCAAUGUUGCUGCUCACAAUAUAAGUCCAAAUGGAAGCAAUAAUAACAUUAACACGACGAACGCCAAUAACAUUAACUUCAAUACAAUACGUCAGAAUGGAGUUGCUGCUCUUCACUAUCUGCAGGAGCAAUUGCAAUUGCAACAACCGCAGGAUCAACAAUCACAGCAACAGCAACCAUUGACUAUGCCAUCUUCGCCGCCGUUUCAACAACAAUCACGCCAAUCACACCACAAUGGCAGCAGUAGCAGUCUUGGCAAUCAGUUGCUUGCCGUAAGCAACAACAAUAGCUUCAAUAAUAAUUCCAAUCACUCCAAUAGUUUUUCUGGCAAUUACACCAACGGUAGCACAUUCACCAGUAACGGUGCCAUUAGCAGUAGUAACUUCACCAACAACCCCACAAGCAGUGGCCACUUUGCCAAUAAUUCGGCGGGCAGCAGCAACUUCACCAACCAUCUUUCUGGCAGCAGCAAUUACACAAACAGCAACGGAAACUUUACCAGUAAUGCAGCUAGCAGCAGCAACUUUGUGAACAGUGCAGCUAGCAGCAGCAGCUUCUCCAGCAAUGUAGCCGGCAGCAGCAACUUCUCCAGCAAUGCAGCUAGCAGCAGCAAUUACAACAAGAACUGUAGCAGCAACGUUGUUGGAAACAGCAAUACCGACAGCUGUAGCAAACACACCAACAACACUAAUAAUCACCACACAUCGCCGCAGCACGACUUCAGUUUUAAUAUGUCGACGACUGAACAAGAACUGCAUCAGCAGACACUCAAGUUGCAACAGCUGCAUCUUAGCAACAGCUUCAACACCACCACAGCAGCAUCAACAACAUCAGCGGCAGCAUCAACUUCCACUUCAACAACGGCAACGGCAUCAUCCACAAACUCCGCAAAUGUCGGAUUCUUAUGGCGUACAUAACCAGAGAGUUGAGAAGCGUAUGAUGAAGGCAAUCUUCAAAUUAUAAAUUAUAUAUAAAAAAUUUAUAUAUACAUAACUAUGAAUACCUUAUAUUGAUCAUCGUAGUAUCAGCAUCCAUCGAAACCAUAUACAACAACCCAAAUUUUUAUGUUCUCAAACCACAAGAAUUAAUUUACUAUUUUUUUUUUCUAUGUUCCUCACUUUAACCCUUAUGUUGUAGUUGGUUUUUGUGCUUUUUUUUUGGAGGAAUCUUUUUUUUCUUUUUGUAACUAGCACUAAGGCAAGACACGUAUAUGUAUACAAAUCAUAAAUAAUUAUAUAUAUUCAUAUAUAUAUAUAUAGAAUGGGAAAUCGACGAAGAUCUUUUUUUGCUUAAAUUUAGAGAAAAAACCUAUGAGAAAUACAUUUUUUUGUCACAUAUUUAUAACGUAUAAUCAUAACGAAAAACGUCAAAAUAUAUUAUGCAAACACACACAUAUAUAUCUAUAAUAUAUAGCAUACUUAUAGGCGUGAUGACAUAAGCUCCGAUUGUUUUUUUUUCUCUGUCUGAAACUGAUUUUUUUGGCGCGAACUAUGCCGCAACAACGUACACGGCCAUCGUGUAUGUUUAUAGCUGAAGUUAAUCCAGAUAUAUGAAUACAUAUUAUUUUUUUCAUAAUUUAUAAAUCCAAUUUUUUUGUCUAUAUUAUACGUAACGAAAUGGCUAAAAUGACUGGACAUGCUCAAGUUUUCAGGCUGUUUAUUCAUACAUAUAAAACGAAAGCAAACAACUUAGCUAGAAGUAUGCUUGAGUAGGAGUAGGAGAAAGAGAAUCAGACAAAAUUACAAUACAAACCCAAUUUUUUUCAUAGCUAUAAUGAAUAUGUUUUUUUUUUCAAUAAGUAUAAAUACUUUUUUUGAAAUCCAUUUUUUUUAUUAGUUUAUUUUACGAAACAACUUGAGCAUGUAACAGCAAGAAAAACAAAAAGUAACAUUCAAGAAGCGACUAACAAAGAAACGUGAUAAAUAGCCCGUCAAAACGAAAAUCAGAGGAAACCGAAUGG